AGUUUUAUCUGACUGGUUGCCACGAUGUAAAAUUUCCGGUUUUGUAAUUGACACAUUUGUUUGGUAAAACGCUUUUAUUUCCGCUAUUAAGUAAGCAACUGAGUGUUAAUUGGAUCGUUAUUUGUACGAGGGGCCGAGCCUUGUAGCAGAGACAUCUGCUACCACUAUUCAUGGGACUUUGCACAGAAUGUGUGUAACCGGACCGGGGCAAAUCUGUGCCCUUGUUGUUAAUGGCACAACACAACUCGCUUUCUGCGUUUACUCUUUUAUUCAUUUAUAGUUCACAUUAUUUUCAACAAAUUCCAUCUUUAUAUAUUACAUUCUUAAGCAUUCCUUCUUAACUCUAUUAAAUUCUUAUCAGAUCUUCUUUAACAAAUUCCAUCCUCCUAUUUCCAACUGUCUCUCUAACUUGUAACUGACUUUCUAACUUUUCUCUUACUGACCUCUACUUCCUUCCUUCAUCAACUAACUUGUCACUCUUUUGAAACCCUCUCAUCCCUAAUACCAAGUCACACCCACACAUCUCACUGACCAAUCCUAUCUCUCAUUCAUCCAUCGAUCAUACAGAUCCUUAAUGCCAAGUCACACCCACACAUCUCACUGACCAAUCCUAUCUAUCUCUCAUCCAACAUACAGUACCUUACUUCCUUACUUCUAUAAGACUGUAAUUAAUUAGCACCUAGUCUAAGAAUCUUUAGUCACAGUCAUUAUUUAUAGCUAGAGCUGAUAAGCAUACAGUCAGCAUACAGUCUGCAUAUUGAGUGUGAAUUUAACAUGAGAAGACUUCCAAGACUGUAACUAACACAAUGUAAUCAAUAUCAAGUUAAACAUGUGGUUCCAAGUAACCUUCUACUGCAAUUCAGUAGACAAAGAAAUCAUAUUCAAACAUAUUCACAGAAAUCAAUUCAAUAUCUUUAAAACUGUAACUAUUGUAUUGUAUGAAUUUAUAAUGUACUCAAUAAAAAAUCAAAUAAUAAUAUAAUAAUAUUUGUAACUCUGUGACAUGUGCAUUACCCCCAUCAUGCACAGCAAGUGGGCCCAAUAUACUUCUGCAGCCCCAGAAAAUGCCAUGUCUUUGGCAUGUGUGCAGAAGGGUCAGGAAAACAAGUGUUCUAUCUAAUGGAUGAAGCAGAACUGCCAGAGAAGGGUGCUGAAAGUGUUGUCAGCUUGGCUCACCAUCAUUUCCAACACUUUGGUGUUGGAGAAAAGCAUGCAGAGAUCCACUUUGAUAAUGCAGUUGGACAAAACAAGAACCACACAGUGAUUUGGUAUGCCAUGUGGCGGACUCUGACAGGACUCCAUGAAACCAUGAGCCUGAACUGCAUGAUUACUGGACACACCAAGUUUGCCCCAGACUACCACUUUGGCAUCUGGAAGCUUAAGUGGAGGUCAUCCAAUGCAGAGACCAUGGAGGAGAUUGCUGGUAGUGUUACAGCUUCAUCAAAGUCAGGCCACAAUGUUCCACAGCUGGUCCAAGAUGACAACAAACCGGUUGUCUUCUUCGCUUGGAAAACUUACCUGGAACAGUUUUUCAAGCCAUUGAAAAACAUAACCAAGUACCACCAUUUUACUAUGGAUCGGUCGAAACCAGGUAUUGUUACCUGUAAGGAGAACAUGGAUUCGGAAGAAAUGUGUUUCAAUAUAUUGAAGCCUUUGAGUCCGGCAGCUGGAGAACUCCCACCCACCAAACCAGCCCUGGGCCUUGACCUGCGCAGACAGUGGUAUUUGUAUGACUCAAUUAGCCCAUUCUUCAGAGCAUACAAUGCCAGGGAUACUGUGUGUCCAAAACCAUCAAAGCCAAAAGUUAAAAACCAAGGAAUGGACAGUGACAGCCUACCUAGAAAAAGGAAGCACAGCCUUUAACCGUUAUCUUAACACCAUGGCAACUAAAGUGUUCCCUCAGCCUUGUAGUAAUACAUCAAGAUUUAUCAAUGUAUUUCAUCCAUUUAAUGUGAGGUUUUACACAUGUAUGUAUGACAGAGAUAAUAUUAAUUUAAAUAUCGGUAGUGUUACAGAUGAAACACAAACAUUGCUGUUAUGUUCAAUAUAAAACUUGCUAUGACAUAUUUUUGACAAAGUGCCAUUAGGUUUGUGGUCUCUUCUUUUUCUAAAUGUAAAUAUUGUUUUAAAUUUUCGUUUUAAAAAUGUGCAUACCAACCUAUUUGAAUGUGUGAUCAUACAUGUGUUUAUAAUGUUUGCCAUUUAUUUGUUGAAAAGAGAUAAUGCCACCUUUAUUCGAUUAUAUAAGGCGGAAAGAAUAACAAUUCAAGUAGUGUUUCCAUAGCAACAGGAAAAUUAUUAAGGUUAUUUAUUAAUAGGUCCAGUUUACAACAACAAAUAAAAAGUAUAUUUAUAUAUAUAUUAUACAGUUAUAGGCUUACACUCCAUGGAAUCUUUAAAAAGACUCAUCUUAAUUUGUAUGUUAUGGUGAAAAAAACUUAAUAUUAAACACAUUAUAACAUACUUUAAAAUGUCCAAAUAAUGCAAACCGGUUCAGUAUUGUUACUCUAUGUAUCAAAAUUAAGGCUUUUAAAGCAGGUUCAAUGUAUUUCUCUCCUAACAUAUUUGUUUAAAUACUACAAAAUGUUUAAUUUUAUCAUUUCAACCAUUUAAGGUAUAUUUUUACCACGGUUGCCAUGGCAACCAUUUUAAGAGUUAAUUUGAGAUUGUUAUGGAAUCAUCUUAAAGGAAUAAUAUGUUCUGGGUUGCAGUAGAUUUAUUCCAUUACUUGUUUGUUGGUUUGAAGUUGUUAACCUUGAAUGUUUACAUUAACUUGUAAAUAAAUUAUUUAAAAGUAA